AUGCAAGGCUAUGACCCCAAUGCUUCCUUAGGGUACACCCCUGAGAUAUCUGAAGAGUUGUUAAGUUUGAUCAUUGAUCUAUAUAAAACUUAUGUUAAACCAACUGUUAAUGACUUAAAAUUACAAAAAAUGAUUGAUUUGAUUGAAGUUGCUGAACAUGAAUUUGAAAAAUAUCAAACUUAUACCAUUAAGAAUGAAUAUAAGGCUGCUUUAAAUCAUUAUAUCGUUGGUUUAUUUUAUGUUUAUUUGAUUAUACCCAAUUCAAUACAAUUUCAAAUAAAGAAUAAAAAUUUUGAGAUCUUUAUAUUCUUAAAGGCAUUAUAUGAUAAAGAGAUCAACAUGGAGAAUGUUAAAACAGAGACUGCUAAUUAUAUAAGUUAUCUGAAUGAGAAAUUUGAAAUGAAUAAGAUUGAAUUGAUUAGAACAAGAUCCAAAAGAUCAAAUACAUUACCAAGUUCAAACUUACACCAAGAUUUGAACUCUUUGUUGAAUGAAUCUACAACCAACCCAGAUGAAAGAGUUUCCUCAUCCUCAUCCUCCACAAACUCAUCCAUAAUAGAGGAUGAUCUUUGGUCACCUCCAGAUUUACAACCAAAUGACCAAUUGAAAUUAGUUUCAGAUAACUAUUCGAAUGAAUCAUUGAACAAAAUACCAGAAUUACCUUCACAUCCACCACCACCACCACCACCUUCCUCUGCAACUACAGGGACCGAUGAUCAACCUCAUGAACCAUUUGUUCUUCAUCAUGCAAAUACAUUACCUUUAGAUUUCCAACCGUUAAGUUAUCAACCUAAAGAUUAUGACAUCCCUGAAGAUGGAUUCACCAAAUCAAGAAGAAGACAGGAUUCUUAUCAUUCAGUAUAUGUUAAUGGUCAUGAAGAAGAUGAUUUGAAUUUACCUAUGAUUGACUCUAAAGAUUUAUUUGGCGAAUUGAAAACUGAUGAUACUUUUUGGUUGAUGUUUGAUUUGAGGAAAAAGGAAAGUUUCAAGAUUAAUCAUAUUGGCUAUGAAAAUAUCAUAAAUAUAGAUCCUGAGUUGUUGAAUGAUAUUGAAGAUUUCCAGAAUUUAUUUGAUGUUUUGCAAACUGUUUUACACAAUGAUGAUUUUGUAAAAUUUAAGAAUUUGAGGAAAUUUGAGAAAGUUGUCAUAUACACAGAUAAUAAGAAUUUCCUGUCAUUUGAAUUUGAUUAUUUGGUGAAAUUUAAAAACUUGUUGGACGAAGACAAUUUACAAAAUUUGCAAUUGUUGAAAGGUGGCUUUGAUUCUUGGUUAAAAUUUAUUUCCAAAAAUCAAUCAGGUUCAAAAGUUUUGAAAUUUAAAGCAAGAAGCUUACCAACUAAUAAUCAUAAUUUACCUCCAUCAGUUCCACCACCAUCACCCCCAAAGCAGGAUUCAUCUGUUGUUGCUCCAUAUGAUUAUUCAAAAUUCUUGCCACAAUACUCAACUAAUGGUAUCGGAUCUAAUCAAACAGCAGCAGCUAUAACACCUAAAAAGCCACCUCCACCUCCUCCGCACUAUCAUUAUCAUCAUCAACCCAUGAACCAUUUCCCUGUUCAUCAUUAUCCUCAACAACAAAAUUAUUCCAGAAGCCCUCAAUCAAUACCUUCGAUUCCUGAAAAUUACCAAUACCAACAACCAUAUAUGACACCACCAUUACCACAACAGUUUUAUCAACAACACGAGAUCCAGCAUUAUCCUCAACAACAAUAUUCAUCCAGUUCAUCAUAUAGUUCUGAUGGAGUUGAUCUCCAUAGGCCAAAUAAUAGACCAAGAACAGAUAGUGUUCCAACUCUGCAAAAAUCAGUAAAUCCAUUUGUUCGUCUGUCAAUUACAGGGUUAAGAAAUAUGGGUAAUACUUGUUAUAUUAAUAGUAUGAUUCAAUGUUUAUUUGCCACUACAAAAUUUACUGAAAUUUUCAUUAAUAAUAAAUUUGAAGAUUAUAUCAAUCCAAAAUUCAACAAGAUUAAAAUUUCUCAAUCAUUAGCUAAAUUAUUUCAAAAAAUGUAUUUAAAUGGUGGUUGUUCAAUUGUUCCUUCUGGGUUUUUGAAAAAUUGUGUUCAAAUUAGACCUGAUUUUAAAAUUCCUAAUGAACAACAAGAUACUCAAGAGUUUUUAAUGUUUUUAUUAGAUCAAUUACAUGAUGAAUUAUCAAAUUCUAAUAAUGUUGUUAAUGAUUAUCCAGAACUUUUAACAUCUCAUGGAGGAAAAUUUGGGGAAGAUUAUAAUAAAUGGUUUGAUAAAUUAAUUAAUCAAGGACUUUCACCAAUUUCCAAAAUUUUCCAAGGUCAAUUGAAAGAUUCAUUGAAAUGUUUAAAUUGUGGAUUUGAAUCUUCUAAUUACUCAACUUUUUAUAUGUUGAGUUUAGUCAUUCCUAAGAUUUCAGCAUAUGGUAAAAAAUUGAAAAAAAUUCAAUUAGAAGAUUGUAUUAAAUUAUUUACAAAUGAAGAAAUUUUAACUGGUGAAAAUGCAUGGGAUUGUCCCAAAUGCAGUGAUAAAAAUAAGAAGAAGGAUGAUGUUAGUAGCCAUUCAAAUUCAAGUACUUUAUCACUGCCUGAUCAAAAUCAACCAAGAAAGCAUAGAUUACAUUUUGGUAAUGGGUUUAAAUUUAGAAAUCGUUCAUCAUCACCAUCACCUUCAACAAGUAAGAAACCAUCAUCAAUAUCAAGUAAUGGUAGUGGCAAACAUUCAAAGAAAUCAUCAAAAUCCAUUAAAUCAUUAAAUUUUGUUACAUUACCACCUAUUUUAAUAAUUCAUUUAUCAAGAUUUUUAUUUUAUGAUUUAUCAACAAAAGAUACUUCCAUUGUUCAGUAUCCAUUAAUUUUAGAAUUACCAUCACCAGAGGAUUCAAAUAUCAUGAUUAGAUAUAAAUUGUUUGGAGUUGUUAAUCAUUAUGGUACUUUAAAAUCUGGUCAUUAUACUUCAAUAACUAAUAAAUCAAUCAAUCAUGAUUUGAAGAAUCCAAAUUGGUAUUAUUUUGACGAUGAAGUUGUGAAGACUACUGAUCAUGGUGAUUUGAAUAAGAAAUCCAGCAGUCACAUGUCGAGUAGUGAUGUUUAUGUUUUGUUUUAUGAAAGAAUCAAUUAA